UUUCUGUUUGAAUCUAUUGCCAGAUUGUAGUAAAAAUGGCUUCAGAGCGGAUAGUUAUUGCUGGUCUUUUCGUGUUCAUUUUUUGCCACGCAUUUUCUUCAACUGCAGGUAGGUUUGUUCAGUUUUUAACAUGGUUUCGAAUGGUUUUUAACCUGAAAUGAGAAAAAAUCGGCUUAAGUUUGCCCGCUUUGUGUGAGAAAUCACAUUGUAACUUUACUCAAAAAACGUGUUUGUUUUAUUAGAAUCACAACUGAGGAAAUACGCAUUGAAGAAAGCGUUGUCGUGGGUUACAGUUUUCUCGGAGCCUUGAUACAAUAGCCAGGGGAGAAUUCUUGUUUCGAGGAACAUUUGAACGUUUUCGGUAUAAAAAAGGCUGUCGGUACGGCAAAGACCAAUCCAUCGCCGAAAAGUUAAAAAAUGUGUUAUUGUCACCUAUAGCUCUAUCUAGAUAAAGGUAUUUUUUUGUACUACUCUUUUUUUUUCGCAAGAGAGAAUAAUCUCUCUCUCGUGCUUUCCCGGAAUCUUGAGGGCCUUGGUGAGUUCUUGGAAUCAACCAAAUGCUCUGCCUCGGGACUCUUCGCGCGUCUACUUUGAACAAUACCGCAUAUUUUGCUUCGCGAAUAACCACCAAAUGAAGUCAUAAUUUACAAAAUAACCAUUAAAAACUUGACGGAUAUAUAUGACCUGUUUCUUUAGAAUGAGAGAACGGUAAAAAUUGGUAAAGGAAUUCGCUUCGAAUGGCGAGUGAAGCGGUGAAACUCCUCCCGUUUAUUAUAUCGAAUCUCAACUGUCGACAUUUUGGAGCUUUCUGAUCAGUCUGUCUGAUGGCCUUAACAGCUUUUAGAACCUCUCUGGUAACGUUGUAAACUAUGAUAUUAAAGUUUUAAGUAUUUUUAGCAAACGAAAUAACUUAAAUAUACUUGAUCAUAUUUCAGUAUUUCUUGGCUUGUCCAUCGAAUUCCACAGUUGUUCAACUAGCCGGGAAGGUUGCAAGAAACCAGUUAAACUGCUCCGGCUUUUAAAUUUGACUCGAUUUCACGAUAUUAGAACCGCAUUAUGGAAUUUAAAGCUCUACAAACGAAUCAAAAACUUCUAAAACCUCCUGAAAGAGUAGCUUGUAUAUAAUUGUCUAGCGUGUUAUUUGAAAUUAAAAUUUCGCUAACGUGAUGUCAAAUUAUCACUUGAUAUGUGCAGUUAAUGGCCGCUUGCCUGUCGUCAUUUCCAUUUUUUAGUUGUGGUCUUUGAAAUACUAGAAUAAAAACGUCCACAAUAAAACAGAAUCAUAGCUCAAUGAACCAAGUAUUAAAUUUAUUGAUACUCUGAUAGUACGUGGUGGCAUUCCAAUUAUUUCAAGCACUGCGCCGACCACCGACGGAAGUUCCUCGGAACCUCUGAGGUAUCGCCAAGGGUUGAAGUACUGGAGUUUCACAGGCCGCUGAUAAAUUGUUGAUCAUUGUUGGAAAACAAAGUUAAACCUUUGCGAUUUCCUUGUAAAUACCACUUCAAGCGUCCAUGAAAUUUAAGAUGUUUUAAAAUGCAAUAGUUUUCGCGGGAGUGAAACGUCAGUAAAUUACGCGAAGACAUUCGAAAUAUCGCUGAGUCGUAUCACGUCGUCAUGACCACCAAGGAACGGGCGUGAAAAUCGGUUUGUAAUUUUUACCAUAGUAUUUGCAAACUUUUAAUACACGGAAAGUUGCACAAGUAUAUUCUUACAGUUUUUUCCGAAAUAUCGGCAUUUGGAAUUUACAGUGAUUUAUUCUAGUUUCAGAUAAUCGCUUAAACUUUUGCCAGCCUUUGUAUUGACCGUGGGUGAACAUUUUUGGAUGAUAAGAUUUUUUUGACGUCUUUUGAUACAAACCUCCCCCUUAAGAUCAUAAAGUAAUACUUUAGUCAGUCUUAUUCUUGAAAAUCUUAUUAAAGCUCUGCAGAGUAAAGUACAUGAAAAAAAAAAAACGCAUUUAUCGUGUUGAGAACUUUGGUAUCCGGACUGACUAGCACAAUAGGCCAGCUAUCCAAUAACCUGCGUGCGAUCAGGUAUCAUGAGGUAUCCUUCUUCCCUUUUUGUUUGGGGAAAAAAACGCCUGCUCGCAGGUUAGCCAGGCACAAUCGGAAUUUCACCGAAGCUACAGUCGCAGAAAUAAACAGUGAAAUAAACCACGAUCUUGUCUUGUCUGUGCGGUCAUUGAAGUGAGCGCAGUAUAUCGAUUUUGUUAUAAAGUAAAACCUAACCUCACAGUUUUAAAAUCCUGUAUGAUGUUGUCUGGAUCUUCGAUAAUGGUUUUGUGUUUUGGUAGAGAUUUUAAUAUAACAAUUUAUUCCCUCACAUAAGUUUACACAAAGAUUUGCAUACACAUAGCACACACCGCGUGCAAAUUAUUUUUAAGUCACGCUUUCAGUUUCCGCACUGGGUUAUGAAAAUGUUUUUUUCUCCAAAGGUUAUUACAAUAUUCAAACUAAUUUACCUUUUGUGGUUUAAAAUAGAACAAACCUCUUCCUGGAUUUGGCGUUACUAGCUUCACGUCGGCAUCCGCUUCGGCAUGUUUUCUCAGCCCGUUUCCCGGGAGUUGUGCCACUUGGCUAAGACGAUGUCUCAAUUCCAAGACACUUUCAACGGCUCAUAACGGGAAAACUAACAGGGGUAGACCCGGGUAGACCCCGAAAUUUGCAAAGAAGAAAGGUUGAAGUAACAAGAUGGCCAAAAUAAUUCGAUAAAACCGCUAACAGUAACCAGCAAUAAAUCCAAGAAGAACGGCAAAAACAACACUCCAAUCAUCAUGGCUGCCUGCACAUGACCGAGUAAUUCAAACUUGUCACAAACGCUCAAGAAAGCAAAAUAUUAAAAAGUAACGCAACUGCUAUCAAGAUAAAGUGUUCCAACAACUUUCCACGGCGGUAUAGUGUCGAAAUUAUCAACACAAGCGUGGAAUAAAGCGAAAAUCUCACCACAUAUACCUCUGAAAACGGCUCUUUCCGAGCGCGAAAAUCACUCUACAAAUGACGCAUUCUGAUUGGUCGAAUCUCGUGACGCACACCGCCUGCAGGUUAGCUAUCGUAUCCGAUAUUGUAUGAACACCUAUCCGAUAUGUAACUCUCCACUUUAGAGAUCGUUACAGAAAUCGCGUUGAGAUCACCGUGAUCGUUCCUGUGUGUCAACCUAAGCCCAAUCCGAUAUCAUGAUGGUCUUCGCGCCAGCGUAAAAGCUAUCUGGUAUGUAAACGUAGCCUUAAUCUAAUCAGUAGGUAAAGGUUUUAAAUAUGAUCAGCGGUUAAAUAAUUUUGUUUUUAGCUGAAUUUGAAGAACCUGAAGACCACCAAGAUAUAGAGCCAAACUCCAUCUCUGAGGUUGGCGGAUGUUCCGGUUCUUCCCCAACCUUGGGCGAUGGCUGUUCACUAAGCGAUGACUGCAGCACGAUCACCUGCAAAAUGGAUUUUGGCGAUAACCAAAUCACAUUCAAACUCAAGGUAUGCUAAGAAUUUAAUGCCAUAAAGGACUAGGUAGUUUUAGAUUGCGAACUGAAACUUCUUGAAACGCAUAUGACAAGCAAUGAAUUCAAUUAUAAUGAGACAAUGUUGUUAUAAGUUAUAACUUUAGUCAAAUGAAAUCCUAUAGUGUGACCAUUCAAAUGAAAGCUACUGAGCAGUACUUUCCUGUGGUACUGUUUAUUAUGCUGUACAAGGUGGGUCUAACUUUUGAGUCUGUGGAUGGAAUCCUAUGGUGUAACCAUUCAAAAGCUACUGGGUAGUUCUUUCCUGUGGUACUGUUUAUUAUACUGUGCAAGGUGGUUCUAACUUUUGAGUUACUGUGGAUGAAAUUUUGAAGUGUGACCAUUUCUCGUGAAGCAGCGAAAGGGUGAAUAGCUAUUGUGUAUAAAUAGGCUCUAUUGAUGAAAAUAUAUAUUCUCUUACUCGCUAGAUCAACAAAUGUGACGACCCUGUUACUGUAACGGCUUCCAUGGAUGUCCCGGAUCUGGAUAUCACGUGGUCACAUACCUACAGUGGUGAUGACAAAAUUCCAGUGCCCGGAUUUAGUGUUCCUGCUGGUGGUGUGUACGUUGAAGUAGACCUCACCAAUAACGAAGAUACACUGCAUUUAAAGGUGUGUUCUAAAGGCUUUCAUUUAUAAUCACCUGGAAGGAACGGGGGGAGGGGGGAAGGGGGGGAGGUGGUUGAGGGUGGUCGUCAAAAUCCGUUUCAAUUUCCAAUCCAUACUUUCCAGUCCGCCCAUUCACACAAGCCAUUUCCCACAGGGCUUUUCCCAGCGCAAUAAAUGAAAGCUCCCUUACGUCACGAUAAAUAAACAAUCAGCCAAUUGGCGGAGGUCUAUGUGACUGGUGAGGGUAAAAGGAGGAAUGAGUUUGGGGAAUGACAUGUGGCAUGCCUUGCGGAGUGACAUACAGUUGUAAUCAUGCGGAAUGUAAUAUAUGCUGAAUGACUAAAAGAAAUAAAUUAAACUGAAAAGUGUACCCUUUUUUGGCGCCAAUCAAUUUGCAAAAUUGCGACUUUUUUAAUUCUGCGGGCUCGACUACGAUGACAAUCAAAAAGCCACGAAGGAUUCCUUGAUUUCUCACUCUCGAUUAGCCUUUUUCGCACAGCCACAAAGAUGAGAUUUAUUCAGGCGGGCUGCAUGGAAUUACCGAUACUACUGCACUGAAGUCGGCCAUUGAAGAAAAGAUGUUUUGGAAGGUCACGCUCCCUUCUGCUUUAAUUUUUCUGCGAAAGUUGUUUGCACGAUUAACUUCACAGGUUUUUUUACCUUCACUUGUAGAGCAGAACCCCUAUAUCUCGAACUCAGAUAACUCGCACUCCCCGCUUACUCGAACUAAGUUCAAUUUCCCCUGGAUGUCAUCCCACUUUUCAUUCAUUUUUUACUCGACCGUUAACUCGAACUCGGAUAUUCGAAUUCCCCACUGACUCAAACUAAAUUUCCUUUCCUACGACCGAGUCUACCAUUUCCUAGCAGCCUCGUAAAGCCUACCACUACUAAAAGUGAUUUCCUCCAUAAUCCUCGUGAACUCCAACGCGCUGCUCUAGCAUCUUGGUUUGAGCCAGAAAUAAUAAACGGACCGGCAGAGCGGUUGCUCCUUCAAAUUUGUGCCAAAAUAAGGCGCGGCAGAGACGCACGUAUGCUUUUCUGCUUAAUUUAUUCCUGUGUUGCAUUUCCAUAUAUUGCAUUCCGCAUAAUUAUUUCAUUCCGAAAGCCAUGCCACAUGCCAUUCCGCAAACUCAUUCCUCCUUUUACCCUCACCGUGAUGCGAGAGCAGGUCACGUAAUGAAAGGUUUUCUGUUGUAUGGUUCCAGGCUUGUUCUGGCCUGCGAAAACAUCCGUUUCUCCUCGCUCUUCUUUCCGCGAGAAACUUCCCCAGCGGCGAAGAGCGAGGAGAAAAGGAUGUUUUCGCAGGCUAGGCUUGUUCUAACUUGGUACAUCAACUAGCUUAAGACAUAAAAAUCAACAUCAAAACCCACAUACAGAAACGAAUCCUCGAAAAUGAAAACUAAACAACUGGUUACUGUGUAAAUGGUUUUCUACAUUUUUAUAAAAAAAUUGCGCUGGGAUGACUAAAUGUUUUUUACUUCUUCAUACUGAUCAUAUUUUUGAUAUGAAAAGGUUUUUCUAGUUGCAGCUUUAAAACUACUUUUGUAAGAUUUGAAUGAACCAUCACUCAAUUGAAUGGAAUCAGUUCAAGGUGACUGUUUUAUCUUUUACCAGGUGAAUCUGCUGGUCGGAGCACUGGGUGUUUAUCUCCCCCCAGUCACUGUUGUGGAUGGAGAUUUGCCGAUCUCAACUGACGACUGUGGCAAGUAAAACUGAUCUUGAUCAACAUGGCGUACUAUAUCUAAUUAAAAGAAGUUCUUUUCACGAGUAAUAAUCUGUACGAUAAAGCGGUGUCCGACACUAAAUAUAAGCACCUUACUUAGAGCGGGACACCCGCGGGACCAAAUUAAGACCUUAAUACGAGAAGGACAUCCGCGGGAUUAUAUUAGGUGUCUUCCAUACGUGUAUACAUCGAACUGAAUCAGUGUUAGCCUGCGUAGCAGGUGCUUGGAAGUAGUCGGGCGCAAGAAAGAACGGGCCUCGCGAGGUAGACACGCGUGUCUCACUCUGGCACGCUCUUUCUUUCUUGCGCCCAAAUACUUCCAAGUGCCUGCUACUCAGGCUAAAUCAGCUUGUCCACCUCGUUACCUUGCGAUGUUGGUAACCAUAGUAGCACAGACAAAGGAGUAAAAUAAAGAGGAACUCCGAUAUAAACAAGUGCCAGGUGUACAGAAAAAUACAACGGGGCUGGUUCUUUACUGGGGAGUUUCGUUUCAUUCAUUUUCGAUCACUGCAGAUAUCGGAGUUACGUAGGGCUGGUUCGAUUUACUGAGGAAUAACUGUUCAUUUCCACGGUGCAAUACGUGUAAGAAAGGUGUCAGCUUGAAAAGAAAUGACCAAAAUUUGUUGUUUUUAGGAUUCUUCGGAUGGUUUAUUGACCUAAGUGUUCCUGCCAAAAUAGCAGUGAUCGCUGGAACGGUUGUUUUUCUCAUCGCCGUC